AAAAUAUCCUAACCAACACCAACAGAUUAGAAAUUACAAUAGCCAAAUGUUAAUAAAUUUAAUUAAUAUUUAAAUAUUUUGAAUAUUCAAAAGAAUAAUAUUUGAAUUAGAGAUGUCUGCAAGAAAAAGAAAACCGAAUCUUAAACUUCAGGUAUCGGACGACGCACCCCCGGUCACACCUCCUGCCAACUUGGACAAACGAACCACCAUAACCAUUGUGGACAAAACUUUCGAUGUCGAGGCGGAUGAUUUGGAAAAGAUCUGCGAUUUGGGGAGAGGCGCGUACGGAAUUGUCGAAAAGAUGAGGCACAUACCAAGCGGGACAAUUAUGGCUGUGAAACGUAUAGCUGCGACCGUAAAUACGCAAGAGCAAAAACGGCUGCUAAUGGAUCUUGAUAUUUCUAUGAGGAGUAGCGAUUGUCCCUCAACAGUACAAUUUUACGGGGCACUAUUUCGGGAAGGUGACGUUUGGAUCUGCAUGGAGGUUAUGGAUACUAGUCUUGAUAAAUUAUAUGCAAAAGUGUACAAGCAUAAUCGAACAAUUCCCGAGGAUAUUUUGGGAAAAAUUGCCUUAGCCGUCGUGAGUGCUUUACACUAUUUGUACUCGAAGUUACGGGUAAUUCACAGAGAUGUUAAACCGUCAAAUAUAUUAAUAAAUAGGAAAGGCGAAGUGAAGAUGUGCGACUUUGGCAUUAGUGGGUACCUUGUUGAUUCUGUCGCCAAGACAAUUGACGCGGGCUGCAAACCGUACAUGGCUCCAGAACGAAUAGAUCCUCAAGGUAAUCCUUCUCAGUAUGAUAUACGCUCGGAUGUGUGGAGCUUUGGAAUAUCGAUGAUAGAAUUGGCGACGGGCCAGUUUCCAUAUCAGAAAUGGGGCACCCCGUUUGAACAGUUAAAGCAGGUCGUCACUGAUGAUCCGCCCAGAUUACCGCAUAACGAAUUUACACCGGAAUUUGAGGACUUUAUUUCGAAAUGUUUACAAAAAAAAUAUACGGAUAGGCUUAAUUAUGAUCAACUUUUAAAACACCCCUUUUGCGUUCGACAUGCAGAAAAGGAGACGGAUACGGCGUCGUUUGUUUCCGAAAUAUUAGAUAUACCGGAGAGUGGAUGAGAUUCCUGCAUAAUUUCUUAGUUUCUUUUCUCCAUUGAAUAGUCAAGAAUUUUAAUUGCAGUGGUGAAUGGUGUACUAAUGAAGCCUAACAUAAGUACUAUGUAUACAAAUUUUUAAUAAUGUGUUCAUAGACGUGUGAUAAUUCACAUCCUAGCAAGCCUACUUUACUCAAAAUUAAUACAUCACAUAUUAAUUAUACUGUAAGUUUAAAGGAGAGAUAAGAUAAAUAUUUAUUCACAAAACCGUUAUCGAGAAGUGAUUUAGAAAUUAGGCAAUAAUAUGCUUCCCCGUGUAGAAUAUUUUUUGAUUGAUUUAUUUUCUUAAAGUCGUUAACCCCUAUGCUCUAAUAUCAGUAUUUUUUAAAGAAUGUUUGCUUUUAAUUUAUUCGAUUGUUUUUAGGAGUGUACGUAAAAUUUUACUUUUUUGAGUUUUCUUUUUAAUUAACAAACUGACAAUUUUAUCAUCUCAAUAAUUUUACGUUUAUUGCCAUAGUUUAAUUAGCGCAUUUCUUUUAAAUAUGCAAAAGCUCCGUCUGAAUUCAGUUUUAGUCAUUUUAAAUAUUUCAAGCAGAUUUAAAGGGAAUGUGCGGUAAUGUACCUAUAUUGUUGUCUUACAACUGAUUUGAUUUAAAUACUUUGUUAUAUAAAGUUAAUUUAGUUAAUCUUCAAAAAUUGAAGAAUAUAUUGUAUGAAACUGUGUGAUAAAUAAAGUUUUGUUUUACUCAG